AUGCCAUGGCCCGUGUUGCCAUGGUGGCCCAAAGCUUGGAACCCUUUCUCGCGCUGGACCUGGGCAAAUAGCUAUGACUAUGAGACCCUUCUAGAUUCUUUAGAAAAAGAGAUCCAGUCGACCGAGUCUACGCUGACCGAUAUUCGAGCACGCAAGCGUCGUGCGAUUCACAAUGUACUGCAAAUUAUGAUCACCCUUUGGAUCAUAUCAUUAAUUGUGUUGUGGGUCUUUUCGUCAUUUUUCUGGGGACGAGAAUGGGCGGCGUCGAGAUCAUUGGUUGUUGUGCUUUUGUUGCUGGGCACUCCCCUGUUCAUUGCGAUUCUGCAUCGAGUCGUGUCCAUCUGGUUCCGUCGCCUCGAACGAGCACAAGAGUCGCAUCUUGGCUUACUUCGGAAACAGAAGCGGGAAAAAAUCAAUGAGAUUAAGAAGGCAACAGACUUUGAUCAUCUACGCAGCCUUCUGGAUCGGUACGAUGACGAGAAGAAGCGUGAUCUAAAGUCGACUUCUACUGACGUAAAAGGCACCAACGUAAAGAAGCGCGCCUCUAUGUUUUCUCUCAGGAGAAAGCCAUCUAAAGACAAAUCGGCAAUGAGCCAAGGUACUGCAGAAUCGCGCGCCGAACAGCCAAAAGCGACGGAAGCGCUUGCGCCGCCUAUAACGGGUCUGCCUGUGUUGGGCGUUCCGAGCGCCCAAGCCCAUCUUGAAAACCCAUCACUACGCAAUGAGCCAUCUACACAGCAGUCAUAUCCGAGAGGCUGGAUGGACAAGGUGGCGGAUAUGAUUCUUGGCACCGAUCCGUACGGAGCCACGCCUGAAGACCAACAGUACGCCCUUAUUUGCAGGCACUGUUUCCACCAUAAUGGCCUCGUUCCAAAGAACGAGCUUCAUGAAACCCAGUACAUAUGCCCCUAUUGUUUCACUUUCAACUCACGCAGACCGUCGAGUCGGCCAGUGUCUUCACCGUUCGCUCCCGUUCGUCAAGACUCUAGCUUUUCAGACCAAGCUGAGCCUCUCCAGAGUCAUGAUGACACAUCAGCUCCUGAGACGGUGAACGAAGAAGGGCCUGCGCUGCGGCGCAGUAGUCGUCUACGAGAGCAGCUGCUAUCCCCUGACGACGAGUACGACGAGGGUGCGCACACCGACGACAUGCAGCUCGAUGAAUAG